AAUAACAAGUCCUAUGAGGACUGGCGCAAAUAUUUUGACCUCAUUUUCCCUAAAAUUACUGAAGAAGAUAUCAACAAGUUCUUUGAUAGUUAUCGUGGGAGCGAGCAAGAACGUGAAGAUAUCAAGAGGUAUUACGUUAAGUACCAGGGCGACAUGGAUCAUAUCAUGGAAUCAGUUUUGUCUGAAAAUGAAUACCAUGUGAAAAAUAUCAUACAGGAUCUAAUAGAUACUGGAUGUGUGAAACCUUUCAGAAGCUUCACUCAAGAGCCUAAAAAGAAAACAAUUAGACGUGCGAAGAGGGCAAAAAUGGAAGCCGACCUCUUUGCCGAGGGCGAAAAUGAGCCAUCCAACGGUGUGGGAUCGCUUUUGGAGGCCUUUGCUGCCAAUAGGGAGUCUAGACUCCAGGCCUCUGAGAGCUUCAUAGAUAAGUUGGCCGCAAAAUACACCGACAAGCCAAAGUCACUUAAUGGCCCUAAGCGUGCUCGGAAGAAAGCAAAACCCUAG